AUGUAUACCUUCCCCCUUCCCUUUCACUUCCUUCACUUUUUCUCUCUCUCUCUCUCCCUCCCUCUCUCUCUCUCUCUCUCUCUCUCUCUCUCUCUUUUAUAUUUUAAAAGAAAUUAUAUUCGAAAAUCUUUCCUCUCCCCACCUCUCUCCCUCCCUCCCUCUCUCUCUCUCUCACUCUCUCUCUCACUCUCUCUCUCUCUCUCUCUCUCUCUCUCUACAUAUAUAUAUAUAUAUUUGCAGGGAACAAUCUUCAGCGACCGACGAUCAUCACAUACCGCCAUAUUGUGGUUACCAUCUAAAUCAACCAAUCAAGAAUCAGAACAGUACAGUAAGGCCCUUAAACGGUUAGGGUUUCAAGUAAAGUUCCUAGAACCAAUAUUCAGAACACAACAAAUUACCAAGGACAAUGAUACAUUACAGAAAUACCUGCGCUUCGGUAACUGGACUUUGUUCCUGUGUUUCUCGUUUGGCUCAGGAUGUCUGCAGAACAUGGAUACAUCCAAACUUCAUUCUUUCCAAAAGGUGAACAAUAUUCCUGAAUUAUUACCACUAGUGGCGGGUAAGGAAAACUUAUGUCGGUUAAUAGAAGCAACUCGGCGCAUUCCAGAUUGGAUUGGUGGUCUUGACCAAUCGCCAUGCUAUCGUGUAUCUGACCUACCUCUGAAAAAUGGUCAGCUAUCAAAUACAGAUAACGACACCUGGUGGGGAAUUUACGAGAACGCUGGAGGAGGUAUGCCACAGCUGCAGCUGUUAACACGCGAGAAAUUAAAAUUUUUAAAAGCAGAUAACCUUCCACACAACACAGUUCUACAAGCGCUUCCCCUGCAGUUUAUGCUUCUGGAUGACCAGGCUGUCUUCAUGAGGGUCUUCGUAUCUGUGACUUCAUUGCGCCCCCUACGGACUUAUCUUCACGCUGAAGCCAUCUCACUCAUUGUCGUCAAACAUAAAAAUGGGCCUAUGACGCUAGAAAACUCCAGCAAAACAGUAAAACUGUGGCAUGUUUUGCAAGAUGUCAAUCGCACACACGGCCCAGCAGCAGCAGAGAAGCUUUUUACACGACUUAAAAUUGAAAUAAUUUCCCUACUGAUGUUAUCAGAAACGCUUGUCACCCAAUCAACUGCAAACCGAGCCAACAACACCUUACGCACCAACUGUUUUCAGAUGUUGCAGAUGGACUUGACCUUUGACACAAAUUUCCGUCCAUUUAUAAUCGAUGUGCAAGGUCUGCCUGCAGGAGACCAAAAUGUAAAGUUCCCAACGCCGGCUACGGUUAUUCAAGAUUCGCUGAACAUGGUAUUACAGGAAUCAAGCGUGACCAUAGAUGUCGCUUACGGACUGGACGAGUUAGGUUGGGAUGUCGGACUUAUGGUAAGUUAA